AUGGGCAUCGGAAAUUGGACCAUCUUUCUGUGUUUUGGUUGCUUGGCGUCCGCCGCUUCCCUGGAUACGGAAGACAACUUCAGUCAGUUUCGUCAGUUGAUGCCCGUCGUUAGUCGAAUGCUUCGGCCCACAAUCCGUUCGGCGCUGGAAUCGGCUAGACGUUACGUCAACUACAACGUCAUGGGCGUCACAGCGGUCAUCGUGAGCACGCUAGCUGCAGCUCUGUACUGGUUCCCCGGAGCAUUCAGCUAUGUCGGUAUCUAUGCUGGUGGUGAUAACAGCACGGACGUCAUAUCAAGAUUCGACUCCAUAUUACGUCGCUACAACAUCGAUUCUGACGCCUGCAUGAAGGUGGCGCUCUGCUCCGUUGGACGAAUCAGCGGGGAUAUGUUCGAACGGCGUAGUCCCAUCCAGGUGUUUGACACCAUGCUUAGUUUGACGUACAUGGAUGAGGUCCUACUGAACCAGGGCCUCCGGCGAGCGAGACAAGUCGGUGAACAAGGCGGUGAUUGUGACGCUUCAUUCAACAAGGGAGGCAAAUGUCCUUUCAACGCAGCCGCGUGGAAAGUCCUACUCACCACCAUCAAUAAAUCCUUCCUUUGA